AUGUCCAACCCCGUUGAAAGGGACGCCGAAGACCGCUAUGAGAGAGACAACGAUAAAUCCCCUGUCACAGGGUCCUUUGCAGAUGACUCCUAUGCGAAUGAAACAAAUCCGAAUCUGAGAGAUAAAGUUCCUGUCCAGCGAGACACGCAGGAGUACGAUGAUCCUAUGCAACCUCCCUACUCCAACUCCGAUCAACAGCUUGAACAAGAUGAAAACGAAGCAAUCGACCGAAGGAACGUGUUGAAGGGUGAUCGGCUCCGUCAUGCAAAGCCUAGAACUGCAAACAAGUACAGCGAGGGACCUGAUGAAGAUGACCUGCCAGCUGAGGCUCAGUAA